UGGUAAUCAAGCACGUCGUUUUCGGCUUGACGUUGUCAGCAAAUUGACUCUCGUCUUCACUAGAGAAAAAAUGGCAGCUAUCCUCGGUAUGCUCCGGGUGCUCACGACCGUCGCUGCUCUCCUAGUGGGUCUGUCGCCGCUGCCGGACUUUUAUCGUAUUCACAAGACACAGACGACUGGUGAGGUUUCAAUUCUACCGAUCACUCUGCUAUUCUGCAACUGCGUCAUGUGGGCCAUCUAUGGCUGCUGGACGAACAACAUUUUCCCUGUAGUGGCUUGUAACGUCUAUGGCAUGACCACGUCCAUCGUCUUCAGCUCGAUCUACUACCGCUGGAGCGCUGAUCGCGCCUCCGUUCACAAGAUCUGGAGUCAUGCGGCGUAUGUUUUGGCAGCUGGUACGUUCUACCUGAUCCUCGGGAGCUGUGGAGUGACCAACCAAACACACGAUCAAGUGGCUUCAUCUUUCGGAUUCAUCGCUGUGGCCAUCAAUAUCGCGCUGUAUGCGUCACCGCUAGCUGGUAUGAAGAAGGUGAUUGAGACCAAGGAUGCGUCCUCAUUGCCUAUCACCAUCAGUGUCGUCUUCCUGGGGAAUGCAGCGUUGUGGGUAGUCUACGCUCUCGCUGCUGGUGACGUGUUCGUCAUGGUGCCUAACAUGCUCGGUAUGAUCCUCUGUGCGGCUCAAGUGGCGCUCUACGUUAAGUAUCGUCCAACCGGUGGCGAGGCUACGGAUGGAGCUACCAGCUUUAACAAGAGCAAGCUGCUGGAGGGUCCUCAAGGACUCUGGGACCACUUGGUUCGCUGGCUUAAGAACCCGCUUGGCUACGAGCUGCUCAGGUCCCCAGUGGCCCCCCUUCCGAGAUAAGCGUUGGUAGGGAUGCACGGAUAGCGCAAUGCUCUCUAUCUUAAACAGGCACGCAGUAUUGAAAGGAUUGAGUUGGCUCCUCUUGCAAUGUGUACUACUUGUCUUUCGUGCUCAACACGUACUUCAACCACGCAGAACUGGGUCACUGAAGGAUGAGCCGGUGGAUUUCAUGCGCUGGAUGGUGACCAGCUUCCUCGGACAAGAUGUUGGAGACGUUGCGGUCAGCAAGAGGAGGCACCUUUUUCGGAUCGCGAGAGUGCCCACCAGCAUGGUAGGCUUUAUAAUUUGCUUAGAGGGAGGCUGAGAGAACAGUCGAGCUCAGUUCUUCUUUUUCUUCCACCACUCCAUACCCGAUAUCGAUCCAAUCUACAUGUACUACAUUACCACCCC